AUGGAACAAGAGGCCGAGAGGCGCAGGCAGCCACAAAUAAAGCAAGAGCCAGAAUCAGAAGAAGAGGAAGAAGAAAAGCAAGAAAAAGAAGAAAAACGAGAAGAACCCAUGGAAGAGGAAGAGGAGCCAGAGCAAAAGCCUUGUCUGAAACCUACUCUGAGGCCCAUCAGCUCUGCUCCGUCUGUUUCUUCUGCCAGUGGCAAUGCAACACCUAACACUCCUGGGGAUGAGUCUCCCUGUGGUAUUAUUAUUCCUCAUGAAAACUCACCGGAUCAACAACAACCUGAGGAGCAUAGGCCAAAAAUAGGACUAAGUCUUAAACUGGGUGCUUCCAAUAGUCCUGGUCAGCCUAAUUCUGUGAAGAGAAAGAAACUGCCUGUAGAUAGUGUCUUUAACAAAUUUGAGGAUGAAGACAGUGAUGACGUACCCCGAAAAAGGAAACUGGUUCCCUUGGAUUAUGGUGAAGAUGAUAAAAAUGCAGCCAAAGGCACUGUAAACACUGAAGAAAAGCGUAAACACAUUAAGAGUCUCAUUGAGAAAAUCCCUACAGCCAAACCUGAGCUCUUCGCUUAUCCCCUGGAUUGGUCUAUUGUGGAUUCUAUACUGAUGGAACGUCGAAUUAGACCAUGGAUUAAUAAGAAAAUCAUAGAAUAUAUAGGUGAAGAGGAAGCUACAUUAGUUGAUUUUGUUUGUUCUAAGGUUAGUCUUCUAUUCUCUUCCAUGCCAGCUUUUAUUUUAUAUAUUAAAAUAUUAGACACUUUUUAAAAGAGCAGAAAUUUU